AUGGCGGUAGAUCAGCCUCAGUUUUUAGAGGAAGUACCAACACAAUUGCGUGAAAGCAUCGAGGAUAUAUGUUCAUCUGUGCCAGGUGCUCUAGAUAUCUUUCAACAAUUAUUCGAAUAUGCAAAGGACUAUUCUGACCUGAGAAAAAAGAACAAAACUUCUCCGCAGCCAUCGGAAAUAUCAGAGAAUAAUAUGAUCUUUCAAUUGAAAGAUGUGUCUGUUCUCACUCCUCUACGGAAAAAGCUAAACUUAGUACUUUCUCUUUCACCAGAUACAAAAAAACCGAUGUUAUCAUUGCUGAAGGAUAAUAUCCCUCAGUUUGUUAUUUCCGAAUUGAACAAGAACGUUAAAUUUGCAACUUUCCUUCCGGUUCCAGAGAAGAAAAACUUAUCUUAUUUGUUUAUCUACUAUGCACAGUCCUCAAAUCCAGAUGUUACUGAACCGGUACUCAUAACCCUGAAUAAAGAUGCAAUCAUCAAGCAAUUCAUCAAAUUGAACUUAUUGCCCAAAGAUGCGAGCGAUUUUGCACUGUGUGUGGAUUAUCUACGAAAGCAAGCAAUUUUAAUAGGAUUCCGCAUUGCAGACCCUUUCUCUGUUGCAUCCCAGGCGUCACCAUCCUUCCAUGUAGAGUGUCACAGAGGAACUAAAGAAGGUACCUUAUAUUUUCUUCCAGACCAUAUUUUAUUUGGAUUCAAGAAACCCAUCUUAUUCUUUGAGUCUCAAGACAUUGAAUCCAUAACAUACUCCUCGAUCACAAGACUUACCUUCAACGUUACUUUAAUAACAAAAGAAGCCGAAAAGUACGAAUUUUCGAUGAUCGAUCAAAACGAAUUUACGAAAAUUGACGAAUAUGUAAAAAGAAAACAAGUCAUUGACAAAUCCAUGAGUGAUGAAUUAAAAGCGAAACCGACAAGCAAGAGCCAGCAGCAAAUGGGAGAGCAUACAUCGGCGCUAGAGGAAGCAGCUCUGCAAAUGAAGGACGAGCCAAGAGCAAGUGAUAUUCCGAUGGAAUCUGACGAUGAGGAUGCGGAUCAAAACUUCGAAGGAGAAAGUGACCUAUCUGAUGGCAGUGGGUCCGACUCGGAGGACAAUUUGGAGAGCGAAAGCAGGGCGGUGGAACUAGAAACAGCUAAAGAGGAAGAACAAGAGGAAAUGCACGAAGUGCAAGACGAAAUUCAAGACGAGGAAGAUGACGAAGAAGAAGAGCAGCAGUCUGAGGACAUUCCGCUCGAAUAUGAUUACGAUGAUGGUGACGAUGAUGAAGGCUCUGGUGUAGAAUAUGAUUAA